CAUUUCUUGCUUUCUAUUUAAUUAAAUUAAAUUAAAUUACCGGCAAUAAUAAUUUCAUGAUAGAACAAUAACCAAAUUUCACUAAAAAGAACUGCAAAUUGAAAAAAAUAAAAAAUGGUGGAUCACAAUUCUUGUUUUGUUUCUUCUUCCGGAGUACCUAACUAACUGCCGGCGAAUCCAUGGCUUCCCUCUCUUCUCCGGCCCUCUCUAACCCCCGCCCUCUGCCGAACCUCUAUCACAAUCUCCGCCAACCUUUAUCUCUGCGCACAUCCAACGCUCUCAAUUUCUCCGUCAAAGCCAACGCCGGUCCGCCACCAAUUCCGCCGCCGUCAUCGGCGGAGGAGAAGAAGUCGUUUGCGGUUGCCACAGGCGAGCUUUUCCUCGGAAUCGCGUCGCGCAUUCUGAACCGUCGAGGCGGUGGUAGUGCCGGAAUCAGCAAUGCGGACGGAAGUGGGGAUAUUAGGGCAUCCGAGAGAGUUGCGAUGUUCGAGGAUGAUUCAGAGAGGGAGAGUUAUGUUUGGAAGAGAAGGAAGGAGGGAAUUGCGUCGGUGGUGGAGGAUCCGGUCCAGCCUGAGGUUUUGUGGGAGCAGAGUGUGAAGGAUGUGGAAGCCGAGCGGCGGCGGAAGGCGGUCACUACCCCCGGAUUCAGCUUCUCUGCUGCUGGGCUCUUGUUUCCAUAUCAUCUUGGGGUAGCUCAUUUUCUUAUCGAGAAAGGAUAUAUCAAGGACACAACACCGUUAGCCGGUUCAUCUGCAGGUGCUAUUGUUUGUGCAGUAAUAGCAUCCGGAGCGACAAUGCUAGAAGCACUAAAAGCAACAAAAGUAUUGGCAGAAGAUUGCCGGCUUAGGGGAACUGCAUUUCGCCUGGGGGCUGUUCUCAGAGAUAGUUUAGUGGAACUUUUGCCAGAUGACAUUCAUAUUAGGUGCAAUGGAAGAGUUCGCAUUGCGGUCACGGAGAUACUUUGGUGGAGGCCAAGGGGUUUGCUGGUUGAUCAGUUUGAUUCUAAAGAGGAUCUCAUAAAUGCUGUAAUGACAUCUUCUUUUAUUCCCGGAUAUCUUGCACCAAGACCUGCCACAAUGUUCAGAAAUCGACUUUGCAUCGAUGGGGGUUUGACAUUAUUCAUGCCACCAACUUCUGCCUCUGAAACAGUGCGCAUCUGUGCUUUUCCCGGAAGCCGGCUAGGAUUGCAAGGAAUUGGGAUUAGUCCCGACUGCAAUCCUGAAAAUAGAGCUAGCCCGCGACAGGUAAACUUAGUAAACAUCUAUGGGUGAACUAUUAUCCGAACCACCCCCACCCCCACCCCCACCCCCAUGCCCGCCUAUGUGAUAGCCCUCUCUUGCUACCACAAAUUGUAGUCACACUAUCCAUGAGCUAUUUGAGUAAUCCUUAUCAAACUCAAGUAAACACUGGGUCCCGGU